AUAAGAAUGUUGUUGGGGCUCGUCGCUCCUCAUCGCGUGUUCUCUCAUCUAUUGAGCAAAAGGCCGAAGGGGAGAAGAAGACGAAGACUAAGGAAUAUCGUGAGAAGAUCGAAAGCGAAUUGCGUCACAUUAGUAAAGGGGUUUUGAAUCUUCUGGACAAAUUUCUUAUUCCGAAAGCUGGAACUCCUGAUUCUAAAGUGUUCUACCUUAAGAUGAAGGGCGACUACUAUCGUUAUUUGGCUGAGAUUUCUUCUGGUGAUGAGUUGACUGAUGUUGUCGACAAAUCACAACAGAGUUACCAAGAGGCUUUCGGACUAAAUGCAGCCAACUCAUCCGAUUUGGCUUGGUCUUACACUUAA